CACUCUACUAAAGAACAAUGAACCCAAUAGACUGAAGUUUAAAACCAUGAACCUCGUUCAGUAUUCUCUCUUUUUCCUUUAUACUCUCGUUGAAGCUCCCUUUCUCUCUCAACAAUGGCGGCGAAAGGAACGGUUACACCACUGUCCACGAUAUUUCCAGCAGAUGAAGCUCGUAAAGCUUCACAGCGCGUCAAUGAUACGAUUCUAGACAGAAACAAGGAACUCGAUAAUCUCAACAACUUUGUCGCCGACAAUACUAACCUAAUUAACAUUGUUCGACGUCUUCCGGAUGAACUUCACCACCAUAUCAUGGUUCCAUUUGGGAAAGCUGCUUUUUUUCCAGGUCGUUUGGUUCAUACCAAUGAGUUCAUGGUACUCCUUGGUGAAGGUUAUUUUGCAGAAAGAUCAGCUAAACAAACAGUUGACAUUCUUAAAAGAAGAGGACAGAUGUUGGACUCGCAAGUGAAUUCCCUUAAUGCUGUGAUUAAAGACCUCAAAGCUGAAGCCUCAUUUUUUGACAAAACUGCUGCAGAAGCUGUGGAGGGUCUUGUGGAGAUCAGAGAAGAUUUAACAUAUGAUGAAAAUUCUAGUGGAAGGCUAGAUGAGAGAAAUACACCUAGUACGUCUGAAGUCAGACAAAGUAGUAGUGCUAGGGAAGUUGAUGAUGAAGAGUAUGCUCGUAUGAUGGCCAGGUUGGAUGAACUUGAGAAAGAAGAAGAACAAGAAGAACAAGAAGGUUCUGAAGAAGAUGAAAAUGAUACAAGUGAUGAAGAUUUCGACGACCUAGAACUUUCAAAGGAUGAAAGUUGUGCUGAAGAGCUCUCUCAUAGAAUGUCUGGAACAAAUGAUGAUGAUAAACUACUUUGCCAAAAUACCAGUUUACAGCCUGAGCACAGAGAUAUAUCAUCUCUUGGCAAAGGUAUAUUGCAAAAAUGUGUUACACGAUCAACCAAGGAAGAUUGUGUCCCCCCUGUAGUGAAGAAGAGUGUUUCAUUUAACCCAAAUCCUGAGGUGUGUGUUCCAUCACCUAGACCAGAUGCUGGAAAUCAAGCGUCUAGGCCUAUCGCUAAUAGUCUCAAGGCCUUCUCUGGUUCAAUCAUAGAGCGAACAGAUAAUUUGCAAAUUUCAUCAGAUAGAGAAGCCAAUGAUAAGCCUUCCAAUUCAAAGCCAGUUUCCCGAUUUAAGAUGCUGAGGAGGGGUCUUUAGAGUUGGCAUUAUAUACAUUUCUAUAAGACAACUGUAAAAUUGAAGAAAAUUUGAUUAUUAUUUGAUGAUGGCCUGGUAUUAAUUGAUAUGAAUGAUAAUGGAAGGCUAGUGUAAUUUUUGUAGGAAAAUUUUUUGACGGAUUUCAUGGUCAUAUUCGUUCUAUUAUAAUCUUUUUUUUGUACAAAAUUCAUUUCGAUGCAUUACGAAAUGGAGAUGUAUUUAGGCGGUGAUAGAAAAUUAUGAACAAAAACUUUUUUA